UUAUUGUCAUCGCUCAAGGCUCAUCUGUCAGUUCACAGUUCUAUCGGUAAAUUGAUAUCGUUCGAGUGUAAAACGCAAAUCUUAAUCAAUUGAUAAAAAUCUACUACACUCAUGUUGUUGUCUCUAAAGAAACUGUUAAAAUGGAAUACAACAAAAACCUCAGAAACCAAAAAUUAUCAAAAAUCUUUAUUAUUGGCAGGUUUUAUUGGCCUACUUGAAGAUGUUUUAUUUUGGAGAAAAUUGUGGCUAUCUUUGUUCUUUAUGUUUGUGCUGAACAUUUUGUUUUUUGUGAGUGUUCAUAGACAAAUCAGCCUGUUCAAAUUUGUGUUAUGUUUUUGCAUUACAAUUCUUAUUAUUGAUGCAUUUGAGAGCUGGUUAAAAUACAAACACAGAACAACAUGUUUAAAACGGUUGGCGAAUUAUGAAAGCAAGCAAUUAACUAUGGCAGCAGGCAAAUUUAACCAGUGGCUUAAAAAUAAAUGGAAUGAUUUACUGUAUUUAAGGGAAACUAACCACACUAAAGCAUUCAUAUUAGUCAAUAUUAGUUUGGUCAUUGUUUUUCUAACUGCAAAAUACAUAAAUGGCUAUGUACUAACUUAUUUGAUGCUUAUGUUAAUAUGCAUCUUUUAUAAAGCAAUAUUGCCAUUAUUAAAAGCAGUCAAGAAUAUCAAACAGGAUUUCGAAUCUGAUAAUGAGCUGGAGGGUCUCAUACCAGAAGUGUCUGAAGGUGAUAUUAAAAUAUUAUCUAUGGAACCAGAACCAGCAUCAACACCAGAUGAAAGACAAAUUUAUGAUUAUUGGAAACCUGAGGAAGUUCCAUUGGCAGAAUGCAGUGACAGUUCCGACAAUAGCAGCUCAUUAGUAACAAAUCUUUCAAUGGAGAAAAUGCACAAUUUGGAAAAAGAUGUUGAAUCAUCUGACAACAGUGAUGACGAAUAUAUACCUCUAGAUCAACAAAAGGAACAAUUAAAAACUACUUUGGAAUUAGUAGAAUCCUCAAGUUCCUGGAGCAGUAGUGCUUACAAUACAUUUUGGAAUUUUACUGGAGCAGUUGCAAAUAUGAUGCAAAAGGAGCCAGAAGACAGCAAAAGAAAGCGACUACUCAGUGCAGAUUCAUCAGAUGGCUUUGAAAUGAUUGAUAAAAAUGAUUUAACUUAACAUAUCAAAUAAUAAGGUGCAAGAAAUAGUUUUUCAUCAGUAAUUAUUUAUUAUAUGGUUUGUCAGCA